UAGCAUUAUCGUUUAUUUCCUCACCUCUAGCACAGGUGCAUCGUAUUCGCUAACCAAAUCGGCGUGCAAAGAAAAAUUCAGAAAUUUUUAUUUGGCAAAGCAAACAAAUUGUGGACUUAACGCAUAAUUAAGGAGCAAUCGUAAGGCGACUGAAAGUAGACCAAACAGCAGCACAAACUCUUUUUAACUGUAAAAGCAGGAAUACAGACACUCAUCGCCUUCGUCUUUGCCGACUUCGUUUACCUCUGUGUCGCGUUUUAGAUUUUUAAUAGUGAAUUCAUUUCGGCGUUUCGUGGGUGUUCAGAGAAGAAGCGUGUUGAGACUACGACAGGAAAGAUGGUUAAAGCUAAAAAGGGCAAGAAAGAGAUAUUGACUAACGUCGAGGGCGCAUCAUCGGCAGACGAAAAUGAAACCGCAGUCUUAGAAUCGGACAACGAUCAAGUGAGCGCCAACAACAAGAAGAACCAGCAGAAGGGCAAAAACAAGAAGAAGAACAAUAAAAAUGCCAAUGCUUCGGAUGAGGGCAGCGAAAUCAUGGAUGAUGCCUCAGUUGAGACCAUUACAAAGGCUGUAAAAAAGUUGAAUGUGAAAGGCAAGGGCAAGGCAAAGUCUAAGAAUUUAGAUGAUGACUCUGCUGAUGAGGCGCCCAGUCAGAAGCCGUCCAAGAAGUCCGCUUUUAAUUUGUUAAUGGACGACGAGGAUGAAGAUGAAGCGCCAGCGGCACACGAUUCACCCGACGAGGAGGAGGAAGAGUUGGUUGCUAAGCCACAGAAGAAGAACGAGAAGAAGGGCAAAAAGUCAAAGCGCAAGGGCAAAGAUGAUGACGAGGACUUGGAUAAGAUGCUGGCAGAACUGCAGGCGGAAUAUGCGGGCGAAGCACCAGCAGCAGUAGCGGCAGCAGAGCCUGAACAGGAAGACCUAAGCAAGAAGUCGAAGAAGGGCAAAAAGCAAGCAACAGCAGCAGCAGCUGCAGCAGCUGUCGAGGAAGCUGAAGCCGAAGAUGAUGAGAAUGAUGUAGAGGGAGGAGGCGGCAUGAAGACAGCAGCUCAAAAGAAGAAGGAGAAAAAGGAGCGACAGAAGCGAGAGGCGGCACUGGCCAAGCAACGAGCAGCUUUAGAGCCAAAGCAAAAGCCAGCACCCGCCCCUGCAGCAGCGCCAGAACCCCAGCCUGAGCCUGAGGAAGCAACGCCUGAGAUUGAAGCCGAAGCCGAUGAAGCUUCCGAAGAUACUAAGGUGGGCAAGGGCAAGAAAAAAGGCAAAAAGGAUAAGAAAGCUGAGGCUGAGGAUGAUAAAAAGGACACCAAGAAGAAGGGCAUGUCUGCUUCGAUCGUGGCUGCCAUGCAGGAGCAGCUCAAGAAGCGCAAAGAGGAAGAGGAGCGUUUGCAGAAGCUUGAAGAAGAGCGUAUCCGACUCGAAGAUGAGCGCGAAGAAGCGCGCCUGGAAGCUGUGCGCAUAGAAGCCGAGCGCAAAGAGAAGAAAAAACAAAAGGAGGCCGAACGCAAGGCCCGCCUCAAGGCGGAAGGAAAACUUCUGACCAAAAAGCAAAAGGAGGAUCGUGCCCGAGCACAGGCGCUACUCGAAUCACUCAAAGCACAGGGCUUGGAAAUACCCGAUCCGAAUGAUAGGCGUGCGCCAAGACCAGGCACACGCAUAAGGCCCAACAAGAAGAAGGGACCCAAGGAUGAUGGAGCGGGUGAGUCCAAAGAUGACGCACAAAAGGCAGCAGAAGCAGCGGCAGCUGCUGCCGCAGCAGCUGAGCAAGCAGCCAAAGUGGAGGUGGUUAAAGAGAGCUGGGAUGCCACGGAUAGCGAGGCGGAGCCCGAGGAGGAAUCCUCGCAAGCAACUACAACAACGACCAACAACGGCAAAAAUGAGCAGCAGGAUGAGGGCGAAUCCGAAGAUGACGAUGAGGGAGAUACCGAUGAUGACAGCGAUGAGUCGGAGGAUGAGAGCGAAGAGUCCGAAAAGGAGGAUGCUCAGUUGGCCAACGACCCCGAGUCGCGACGUUUGCGUGCGGAGGCGCGCAUCAUCAAACGUCAAGCUGACGCCGAGAAGAAACGCACCACAGACGAGUUACGUGCGGGCGUUGUGUGUGUGCUCGGCCAUGUGGACACGGGCAAGACAAAGAUUCUGGACAAGCUGCGACGCACUCACGUGCAGGACUCAGAAGCAGGUGGCAUUACCCAACAGAUUGGCGCCACCAAUGUGCCCAUUGAUGCCAUCAAGGAGCAAACAAAAUAUGUUAAAAAUGUGGCCAGCUUCGAGCAUCGCUUGCCUGGCUUGCUUAUCAUUGAUACACCUGGCCACGAGUCGUUCAGUAAUUUGCGCAAUCGUGGCUCAUCUCUCUGUGAUAUUGCCAUUCUGGUUGUGGACAUUAUGCACGGCCUGGAGCCGCAAACAAUAGAGUCCAUACAGCUGCUAAAGAAGAAGAAAUGCCCCUUCAUUGUGGCCCUCAACAAGAUCGAUCGUCUCUACGACUGGAAGGUGUUGGCUCGUCGUGAUGUCAGGGAUGUGAUUAAGGAGCAGCAGACGAAUACUCAGCUGGAGUUUGAGCAGCGCACAAAGGAUGUUAUUCUGCAAUUUGCUGAGCAAGGAUUGAAUGCCGCUUUGUUCUAUGAGAACACAGAUCCCAAGACCUACAUCUCUCUAGUGCCAACGAGCGCCAUCACAGGCGAAGGCAUGGGCAACUUGCUGUUCAUGAUCACGGACUUCUGCCAGAAUAUGCUGGCCAAGCGCUUGAUGUAUUCCGAGGAGCUGCAGGCCACAGUGCUGGAGGUAAAGGCCAUACCCGGUCUGGGCACCACCAUUGAUGCCAUUCUGAUCAAUGGCCGCCUACGCGAGGGCCAGACAAUGAUCCUAGCUGGCACCGAUGGCCCGAUAACUACGCAAAUUCGUUCGCUGCUGAUGCCACAGCCCAUGAAGGAGCUGCGUGUCAAGAAUGCCUAUGUGGAGUACAAGGAGGUGAAGGCAGCUCAGGGUGUCAAGAUAGCGGCCAAGGAUCUGGAGAAGGCAAUUGCUGGCAUCAAUUUGCUCAUUGCGCACAAGCCGGAUGAAGUCGAAAUAUGCAAAGAGGAAGUUGCCCGCGAACUGAAGAGCGCUUUAAGCCACAUCAAAUUGGCUCAAUCGGGCGUCUAUGUGCAAGCCUCUACGCUGGGCUCCUUGGAAGCUCUGCUCGAAUUUUUACGCACUUCAAAGAUUCCGUACUCUGCCAUUCGCAUUGGUCCCGUGGUGAAGCGCGAUGUGAUGAAGGCUUCGACAAUGUUGGAGCAUGAGGCGCAAUAUGCAACGAUCUUGGCAUUCGAUGUGAAAGUGGAGCGCGAGGCACAGGAAAUGGCCGAUUCGCUGGGUGUCAAGAUCUUCCAAGCGGACAUUAUCUACCAUCUGUUCGACAAGUUCACCAGCUACCGCGAGGAGUUGAAGCAAAAGAAACGCGAAGAAUUCCGAUCAAUUGCCGUCUUUCCAUGCAAACUAAAGAUACUGCCACAGUUUAUAUUCAACAGUCGCGAUCCGAUUGUCAUGGGCAUUAUGGUAGAGAAUGGAAUCGUUAAAGUCGGCACGCCGAUCUGUGUGCCCAGCAAAGAGUUUGUGGACAUUGGCAUUGUCACCUCAAUCGAAUCGAAUCACAAGCAAAUCGAAUUUGCGCGCAAAGGUCAAGAGAUUUGCAUCAAAAUCGAACCGAUUCCCGGCGAAUCACCUAAAAUGUUUGGCCGACACUUCGAGGCGGACGAUAUGCUCGUGAGCAAGAUUUCACGCCAGAGCAUUGAUGCCUGCAAGGACUAUUUCCGUGAUGACUUAAUCAAAACCGACUGGGCGCUCAUGGUGGAGCUUAAAAAGUUAUUCGAAAUACUUUAAGUAGCCAUUUUGCCAAAAUAUCCCUAUGAAAUGAUGCUGAGGAUGAUGACGUAGAAGAAGACGAUGAACAUCAGCAGCUACAGAUGCAGCUGCAGCUGCAACUACAACUGCAUCUGCAUUUGCCACAAAAUUAUGUACUUUUAACUGAGAACUCUUUAACCACAGACUGCUUGAGCUUGAGGCUUAUAUAUGCCAGAAGACGAAGAAGAAGAAAGAAAAUGCUUUAGUGUUAUUGAAAAUA